AAAUGUUCCGAUCGCAGACUGGCCUGGACCUGGCCUCAAAGGCGAGAGUCCGGCACUGACCGGGCAAGAGACCGGGCAACCAUCAUCCCGUCUUUGGGGGCAACGGCACGUUUUUUGAUUGCGCAUGCAAACGACAGGUCAACUCGGUGGGCUAGCAUACAGUCUGGGUUUAGUGCUGCUGACACUGUGUCCGCCCACAACCCGAAAAAUUAAGGACGCACACCCCUCCCCUCCCUCAGUCGCUUCUACUGUGCCUGCUGUGCCCCGCGGCAAGCUUCAGCCUCGGCCAGUCAAGCUUUCUGCUGAGAGCCCGCGUGAAGACUGCUUGAUUGGAGCAACGAAGGGAACAAGCACCAAGAGGAGAGAGUGUCAAAAAAGAAGGCAGAAAAAAAGGCGUUUCAAACCCCUUUAGGCAACCCCAGCUGCCCCAACCGUACCUAGCCCAACCCCUCCUCAACGAACCCAGGCACAACGCUAGAGCAAAUCGAGUAAAAGCCCGACAAGCCAUGGUCCUCCCUUCCAACAACGGUGACGCGGCUGACCGCCCUGGUGCUGGUGCUGGCGCUGUUACAGUCACUCCUGUAGCAACCGCUCCUACUGCUGCGUCUCCUCCUCCUUCUCCCGCCCCUGCCGCCGCAACCGCAGACGAACUAACAUCGGAGACACCCCCAGCGCUGGACCCGCCAUCCCUCCGCCUCGCACCGCCCGCUUCCACCGUGGCGCCGCUGGCCCGCCCCGGCCCGCCAGACAAGGUUUGCCGCCGUCCGCUGCAGGGCCACGUCGGUGCCCAGGAGCAGCAGCAGCAUAAACGGGCAUGUGCCACCACACCCACGGCGGCGGUAGCAGCGCGAGGAGACGAACCCGUCCAAGCGGCCGCCGCACCCCCAGGAGAAGCAGCAACGGCAACAGCACCACAACCACCAGCAAUGGAAACACCACCACCACCACCACCACCACCACCAGCCGCGCCAGACUCGCGACACACGUCCACGCCGUCUACGAGGCCAUCGCCCCGCACUUCUCGGCCACCCGCCACCGCCCCUGGCCGCUCGUGUCGCGCUACCUGGCCGCCCAGCAGCCCGGCGCCGUCGGCUUCGACGUCGGCUGCGGCAACGGCAAGUACCUGUCCGCCCGCGACCUUGACCCCACCGCCACCGGUACCGACACCACCACCACCGCCGCCGCCGCCGCCGCCUCGGAAGAUGUCCUGAUGCUGGGCUGCGACCGCAGCGCCGCCCUCGUCGGCCUCGCCCGCGCCCACGCCGGCCGCGCCCGCCAGGUCCUCGUCGCCGACGGCCUGUCGCUGCCCUUCCGCCGGGGCUCGGCCGACUUCGCCCUCUGCGUCGCCGUCAUCCACCACCUCUCGACCCGCGACCGCCGCGUCGCCGCCGUCGCCGAGCUGCUGCGCUGCCUGAGGCCCGGCACCGGCGGCGGCACCGCCCUCGUCUUCGUCUGGGCCCUCGAGCAGGCGUCCAGCCGCCGCGGCUGGGACGAGGGCGGCGACCAGGACCUGCUCGUGCCCUGGGUCAUGAAGGGCGACCAGGGGAGAGAGCGGAGGAAGAAGAAGGGGGCCAAGGAGGGCGGGGAGAAGAGCGAUGUGGCAGCGGCAGCGGCAGACGGCGUUGCCGAGGCAAAUGAUGAUGAUGCUGCGUCUCAGGACCCAGCUGACGCAAACGCUGGAGCCCCCGACAGGACGUUCCACAGAUACUACCACCUCUACUGCAAGGGCGAGCUCGAGGAGGACGUCGCCGCGGCCGGCGGGGUUGUCGUCGACAGCGGCUACGAGAGGGACAACUGGUGGGCCAUUGCUAGGAGGGAUCCUUCCUAGACCUCUAGCCCCUCCUGUUCUGCGAAAGCCCGCGCUUAAGCUGAAUACAGUAACAGAUGAUGAUGGAAAAAUAAAUAAACUUUCCAUCCCUGUAUCUGAAGCCGCCCUCUGCACACUGAUUACAUGCGUGAUGCCAUGGAAGAUACCGACCGAUGCAAGGGGACUAAAAAGGGAGAUGACAGCAGGAGGGAUGGAGAGAAGCCGCCGUCCCGAAAACUGUAAUGCAACUUUGCUAAUCGAUACAAGUUCCCCUAGGAGGGACCUAACCCGUAGAUUACAGUAGAAAAAAAACAGAGAUCCAACGACAGUGAUACAAAAUGGGACAGGGAAGAAUGAC